ACAAAGCUGGUGAGGGUGUUUUUACUGCAUUCAUCCCGGUGCAGGUUCGUGCGUCAUGCGGCUAUAGAAGGUGAAUGAGUGACUGCUGAGAAUCAAUCAGUGACUGGCCACCUGUGGGUCAUGUGCCGGCGAUGCAGCGCAGCUGAUUUAUUGGUAUUCUUAAAGCGUCUUACACGAGCGCAUAAAGUGAGAAAGGCGAACGCGAGCUUUGUGAUGGACGCCAUGCGCGCUUACGCGUUACAGUAGACGAGCAUGUAACUGGUGGCGAGGUUGACGAUCCGCGAGUUCCGUUGCGGUAUCGAUGAAAGGACAUCAAAAGUGUGGUUUCUUUAGCUCUCAAAUCACUGAACAUAAUCGCAAAAGGAAGUGUCUCACUCUCGCUUUCCAGCUGAUGCGGAUUCGGAUGGCAACAGAUUGAGGUGCAUCAGACUGCGAGGAUGCUAAAGAAGAUGCUGCUGGCUUAGAUUGUUUAUCAUCAUCAUCUUCAUCAUUACAGCAUAUCAGUGUUGCAAAGAAAAUGCGUUAUUGAUAAUCAUGUCAUAGUUGCAGUGAUGUUAACUUCAGGUUACUUUUCCUUGGAAAUUGGCGUCACUCAUCUGGAAUAACUCUUGAGGAAGAUAUGAUUCACCUAGUCACUUUUAUGAGCCUUGUUCUAUCUCUGUUUGGAUGUCACAUCUGCUUUGCAGGGGCGAACCGCCCUGCUGCUCCUGUCAAUGUCUCUGUUACUCACCUGAGGGCGGAUUCGGCCACCGUGUCCUGGAAUAUUCCGGAGGGAGAGACCGUAAUUGGCUUUGCCAUUUCACAGCAGCGUCAGGAUGGCUUGAUGCAGCGUUUCAUUCGUGAGGUGAACACGACCAGUCAUGCUUGUAUACUUUGGGAUCUGGAUGAAGACACAGACUACAUUAUCCAGGUCCAGUCCGUCGGACUGUAUGGAGAGAGUCUGGCCAGCAAAAAGAUUCACUUCAGGACACUUAAAAAGUCUGAACAUUUUCAAUCCACCAUGAUGGAUCAAGAUGACCCUGCGGUUGAGGGUUUAGACAUUUCCAGACACCUUCAGACUGGAGAGAUACUGAUCAUUAUGACUGUACUACUAAUGUGGGCAGCUGUGAUUGUGCUCUUCUGUAAGCAGUAUGAUAUCAUCAAAGACAACGAUUCCAACAACCACAGUAAAGAGAAAAGCAAGCCGCUGUCUGGCCAAAGUACUCCAGAGUACCAUAACGGAGGCCUGCUGGGCAGCAAGGUGAGACCUUCACCACUGACCAACACUGUGGCUUUCACUGUGGUCAGUGUUGCCAGGGUCGCGGGUUUCCCGCACAGUUGGGCUAUUUUGAAAAUGCAGUCACGGGACAAAUUACAGAGCUGUGGUUGCUUUUUUUUUUUGGGCUACUUAUAUAAUGUACUGCGGCCGCCAAAUGUUUAGAUGUGAAGAUGUGUACAAUCUACAAUGUUAAAGAAUUUGGGAAGUGCACAGACAAUAUGUGUUUUAACACAAAAACUCUCUUAUAUACACAGCAUUUAAAUCUGCUAAAUCUCUAAUUUGCUAAAUACGACUAUAAGGCAUAAAGGUAUAAAUAAAUGAUGAACAUCAUGAUUUUCUGUAAAGCUGCUUUGAAACAAUGUAUUGUGGAAAGCACUAUAAAAACCCAAAAUUUGACUUAUCUUUUAUGGAUGGCCAUGUCUGCUUAUCACAUUGUGACAGUGUCAUUCAUAUUUAUAGCUUACAUUUUAAAUUUAUCAUGCAAAGUGUUGAAAAUUAAAAUCAAAGACAGCGUAAAAGAAGAAUUAAAAGUACUGAAGAGAAAGAAAAUACAGAUUGAAUAAUUAAAUAUUGCACAUAUAAACAUGUCUAGCUAAAAUCAUCUAAAUAAGAUUUAAAACAUGGAAUAAACAAUCGAAACCUUUAUUUUAAGGCCCUUUAUGGGAAUCCCGCAGCUGUCAACUGUGAUUGGAGGGGGAAAUUGGGCUAGUUUUCAUUCCUUUGGGGUAUGUUUUCAUUAGGCUUUGGGCUGGAAAUUUUCUAGAACCUGGCAACCCUGACUGGUUUCCAAUGAAAUACUGCAUUAUCUACACCAGUGAUUCCCAACCGGGGGUUCGCGUACCCUAGGGGGUACGUAAACAGGUUCCAGGGGGGUGCGCAAAAAGAUUUAGACUUUGUUUGGUUUGUUCUGCAUAUAGGCAUGCCAGGAACGCAGUCAAUCACCCCAGCAUUACCCCAGCCUGGCGUGUUAGUCGCUGAAAAUGUGUCCAUUUAUUUCGUGAUUUUGCAGCGUUGAGUAUUGUCACAGGCAUGUCUGUUGGAAGUAAUGGCCAACCAGGUGUGUUUAAGUUACCGGCUGUAAGUCCUACAUGCUGACAAAACUAACCCAUUAUAACAAAGCGUAGAUGCAUUGUAAAUUAGAGAUUUAUUGUGCACUUUAGUUAAAUUCACUGAUUAAAACGCGAGUUUCGCAAAAGUGUGCCAAAAUCAGUGUCCUUGCGCUGAACUGACAGCUCCAGUGAUUGAUAUAGGGAAAGCUUGUUGCUCCCUUUUUGUGUAAUUCAUUGGCAAUUUGAAGAAGUUGUUUAUCAUGUGACUUUUCCUACUUCAGAGGCAGUUCAAAAAGUGUAAAACUUUGAUAAAAUUGAUUUAAAAAAAAAAAAAAAAAAAAUUGUGUUUUUAUAAUGUCUAAAUAUAAAUUCAAAAGCAAAAAAAAAAAAAAAAAACUAUAUUAGAGAGUGGUCAUAAGUGCUCCUCUGCUGCCAUCUACUGGUUACAGUAGUAAUUUUGUGUCUUUUUUUAUUUUUAAAUAAGUGUUUGUUUUCCAUCAAAUGUUGUAUUUAAAAUAUUAAAAUUUUAAAUGUGUAUUUUGUCCAGUCUUUUUUACCCACAACAUUGAUUCUUUGGUUUAGUGUUAAUGAAGGGGUACUUGAGCUUUAUUGAUGGGGUUGUGGGGGCACUUAAGUUUGGGAACCUAUACUACUGUUCAAAGUUACCUACUGACCCCAAAUUUUGAAUGGUAGUGUAUAAGUAUACAGUAUAAUGUGUACUGCCUGCUUUAUUUUUUAAUUAGCAUGUGAAUCUUUUUUGGUAACACUUUAUAA